GUUGCUAUAGCUGCAAUGAGUGUGGAUGCUUUGGGGAACACAGUAAUGGACCCUGCUUUUUCCAAACGGAACCCGGCGCUGAGAAUAGUAGACUUGGCAGGGGCUCAUCAUCAUCAUCCUCAUCAUCCUCAUCAUCACCCCCCUCAGACUAUGACAGGCUUCUCCGGCUACAUGGGUCAUUCUCACCCAAUGGCUCAUGUGCACCCUGGGGAGUUCCCUGAUUCUCGCCUGGGGCCAAGUCCCGCUGCAUUCCGGCCAGAACACAUGGGGCAUCAUCCAGCGACCCUCAAACUCAGCCCUGCCCAUAACCCUCACCGCCAUCACCACCACCACCACCAUCAUCACAUGGCAGCAGGCCACGCUGAGGCUGCCUCCAGUCACACAGGAGCAAGUGUGUCCUUCUCCACAAUCCCCCACUCAGCUCAGUCUGUCCCUGCAGGUAGGGACUUGGUAAUAGGGAGAGAUCUGACAGUACAAGUGAUGCCAGGUCUGAGUGAUCAGCACUCCACAGCAGCUUCUCACCAUGGAAUGUUUGUCUCAACAACAGGUAGCUACCCUGGGCAUCAUGGCCACCACACGGAUCCUGGAAGCCAUCCCUACUUCUCUGGACCACAUCAUGAGCAGCAUUCCCAUGCAACCCCAGGUGGCCACCAGCCUCUAAACGGACAGAUAAGAUUGGGGCUACCUGGAGACAUGUAUGCCAGGUCUGAUCAUUUCACCCAACCAGUGUCUAGGACGGAUCCCUUCUCCUCUGCAGCUCUGCACAGUGGCUACGGCGGUGCCAUGAACCUGAACAUGAACCUAGCUCCUCACCAUGGCCCCGGCGCCUUCUUCCGCUACAUGAGGCAAGCCAUCAAACAGGAGCUCAUCUGCAAGUGGAUAGAGGAGGACCAGCUCCCAAAAAAACUUUGCUCCAAAACUUUCAGCACCAUGCACGAGCUGGUCACCCAUGUCACGGUGGAGCACGUUGGAGGACCCGAGCAGUCCAAUCAUAUAUGUUUUUGGGAAGAGUGUGCCAGAGAAGGGAAGCCCUUUAAAGCCAAAUACAAACUGGUCAACCACAUCAGAGUCCACACAGGUGAAAAGCCCUUCCCCUGCCCCUUCCCUGGAUGCGGGAAAGUCUUUGCCAGGUCAGAGAACCUAAAAAUCCACAAGAGAACUCAUACAGGAGAAAAACCCUUUAAAUGUGAGUUUGAAGGCUGUGACAGACGUUUUGCCAAUAGCAGUGACAGAAAGAAGCACUCACAUGUCCACACCAGUGACAAACCCUAUAACUGUAAAGUGAGAGGCUGUGAUAAGUCCUACACACAUCCCAGCUCACUGAGGAAACACAUGAAAGUGCACUGUAAAUCUCCACCUCCAAGCUCGGGCUAUGAGUCCUCCAUACCUUCUCUAGUGUCCCCAUCCUCAGAUUCUGGACAGGAUCCUGCAGCUGCACCCUCUCAUUCUGAGCCAAUUUCAUCUUCACAAGCCAACCUGAGUGAAUGGUAUGUGUGCCAGAGCUCAGGAGCAAGUGGCAUCCCCACUCCACCCAGCCACACUCCCUCACCUGAGCACAGGAAGGCCUCCUACAACAACUGCGAAGCCAGGCCUAACUACUGACUACUCACAGAGGACUGCAACUCUCUUCUGGUUUACUGAGUCUAAAGUACUGUAUUUUCUAGAGACUGCUGAAGAGACAGGCCUUGCUUGUUGAGGACAACCCAGGACCAAUGAAACUAGAAGGUUCAUGUGAUCUGAUCACAAAUAAGACCAUUGUGUGUGAAUGAAUGUAAGGUCAUACAUUGCACCAGGACCCCUAGAAUCCCCUUUUCUGUCCAUCCAGAAAUGAACCUGAAAAGCACACCCAGAACCUUUACCUCCAUCCCCUGUCCAAUCUUUCUUUCACCUUUCAGGAACAUCCUUCACCAAUGAACCAAAGUGUUUUGUCAAGGAUUGGUACACAAUGAACUCUAGUGUUUCGAACCUGCCAUUAUACUGUGUUGCUUUACCCCUUUGUCAGCUGCAGUGCUAGUGCUUUUAUAAAGUGUUUGUAUAUUUUGUGUUAUUUUUUUUUUACUGGUUUGUAUAAAAUAACAAUAAAAGAUUUUUAAUAGUUGUCAUGCUGGUGGCAAAAUGUAAAUAUGUAAAAAAGGAUUCUAUGGUGUAAUGCUGGUAUGUAUAUAUUUGCUUUCAUGUAAAGGGACCAAGUAUGGCCACAUGGACUACACUAUGGGAAUGUAUUAUUAUUUUAUUAAAAUUGCCUACCUGUUCGUUUUCUAAAGAGCCAUCGGUGUUCACAGUGUUCUUUAAACGAUGUUAUUGUACAAACAGGACCAUGAAGGAUGUUUGUGAAGUGUCUUUUAGUUCUGACGAGCUUAUCUCAUGUUCUGUAAAAUAAACUGUUUUUGUACCAUGAACUGAAGCCUUUAUCU